UUAGCCAACUUAAUGCAAUCUGUGAAAUACAUUUUAAUGUUAACAUUUUAGAUUUGGUUUACUUUAUCUUCGCAAAAAUAAAGUCCAGAGUCUUCCCUGGAAAUCUUCAAGUGAAAAAAACAUUUAAAGAUGAAAUGACAGACACCACAUCAAAGGAAUUUAUAGAAACUGCUAAUGAAAUCAUUGCUGAGCUGGAUGAAGUUUAUAACGAGAUGAACGGUUACUCCAAAUCUAUAGUGCUGAAACUCCUUCCAAGAACCACUCGUGUGUCAAGGGCAAGCUCAGAGGUCAUUGCAUCAGUACAGAUCAUCUUCGAGGCCAGUUCUAAAAUCACAGAUGAUCAAGUUGUACAAACUUUAAAAGCGUGUAUGGACUGUAGCGUGAUUGAGAAGACCUUUAACAUUACAAACCUGUGUGAUGACACUCCCUGUGAUGAACACUCCACAAACUGCAAAUCAGGCGAUGGAACUUUCAGCUGUAUUUGUAACAAAGGCUACAUGCAAACAGACUACAGUAACAGAAUGUGCAUUGCUUGUCCCUUUGGGAAAGAAUUGAAGGAUAAUGAGUGCGUGCCAUGCUCGUUUGGUUAUUCUGGUUUUAACUGCUCAGAAAACUGGCAGCUCAUUCUGGUAAUUGUGGGCCCUGUGCUUGGAGGACUGCUGCUCAUAGCCCUCAUCCUUCUAGCAGUAGUAGCUACCCAAAAAUUAAACAUAAGCUUCAAGAAGAGCAAAAGUGCAGAAAUGGAAAAACCCUACACUAACCCGAGUUCUGCCGCACAACCGAUGGCUAGCAACAAGUUGGGCCACAGCCAGGGAGUCUCAUUUAACAGGUCAGGCAAUGGCAAUUCAGGUUUUCAGAAUGGUGGGGCGCCUGUGUUCCCACGAGCUGCCACCACCACCAACAGCUGGGACAACAGGACCAACCUGGAGAUGAAACCAAGCAACGGCCGACAAAACUUUGGACAUAUGAACAGUGGUUCGCGGUUAUAUGAUGAAUCAUACGAUCAGGCUCAAUCUCAGAACAACUCUUAUGCCCAGAAUCAACCUACAAUGAACCCGUAUACUCAGAACCAAGGCCAGAGCAACCCGUACUACACACACGAUGAUGGAAGACGCUACUAGUAGUACAAAAUCAGAAAGGCUCACUAUACAAUGACAGGUUUAUGUUUUUAAAUGUAUUUUAUAAUUACUGUAUGUAAUGAACCUUAUUGAAUCUUAUGUAUCUGACUACAGUACAAACUGAUCGUGACUACUUUAUAUCAAGUUGGUGGCAUGAUUUUGAGGAUUAGUCUCUUUUUUUUUUUAAUCUGUUUUGGUUCAUUGAAGUAUGAAUUACUGAAGAGUUGUCUAUUCAAACUGAAUGAGAAACCUGGACGUUCAUGUCCAAAUAUAAUGCGAUAAUGAGGAGCUGCUUAAUAUUGUUGUGUUAUACGAUUAAUGCUUCCUUCAUGUAUGAAUUCACAAUUUCUUUUUUUCAUGUAAAAAUUUUUUGUAAUGAACUGAAAUUUGAUGUUUAAUUCAGUUUUUGUGAAUGACACAAGUUUCUUCUAAUAAAAUUAUAAGAACCUGUUGCA